GAAGAGAUCGCCCCUCUUCCAUCUUUUAAAAAGUGGCCGACGAACGAGGUCGCAGUCAGUGGACAUUGAACCGCUCAAUUGCUCAGACUGUAAGGUGUGCAGUGUCUACAAGCUUCUAACAUUUGACGUGACGAUGUGGUAUUAUUUUUGUGCGCUUUUGGCGGGUAUAGCGACCCUCGUUUAUUGGUACCUCCGCAAUCAGUUCUUGUUUUGGGAGAGACUGAAGGUCCCGUUCGUGAAACCGCAUUGGCCGUACGGAAGCAUAGCGGAGUUCGCCAAGGGUAAAAGGUCAGCGGGCGAGGUAUACGCGGAUCUGUACAGAAAAUUGAAAAGCCAAAGAUUCGGAGGGAUAUGGAAUCUGUCAGCGCCUUCCCUGCUCGUCUGCGAUCCGGAGUUACUCCGCGACGUGUUGAUAAAGAAUUUCGGAACGUGGCCAGGCCGUGGGAUAAGCUUCAACGAGGACGUUGAUCCGUUAUCGGCGCAUAUGGUCAAUUUUACCGGCAAAAAAUGGAAGUCGAUAAGAACGAAAAUGUCGCCGACAUUCAGUACGGCGAAAUUGCGAAACAUGCAUUACCUUCUUCUGGAGUGCGGUAACGACUUGAAAAAUUAUUUAGAAAGCGUCGUCGCCGGUGCCGAUGGGAACGUAGAAGCCAGAGAUAUGGGUGCGAAAUUUACCACCGACGUAAUAGGUUCUUGCGGUUUCGGUAUUAAGAUGAACUCGUUGAACGACGAGGACGCGGAGUUCAGGAAAAUGGGGAGAAAAAUUUUCGAACUAACGCUGAGAAACAAAUUGAUCAGAACGUUGCAACUGUUUUUUCCCGGUCUCUUCAAACUGCUGAAAAUCGCGAUAACCUCGCGAGAGAUAACCGACUUCUUCGUAGGAAUCACGAAGGAAACCUUCGAACACCGCGAGAAAAAUAAUAUACAAAAACACGACUUCAUGGACCUCCUCAGAAAUCUGAGGAACACCGAUCAGCCGUCGAAGAACAACGACGACGAUUUGGAAUACACCGACGAACUUCUGGCCGCACAAGCCUUCUUAUUUUUCAGCGGUGGCUUCGAGACCAGUUCAACGACGAUCGGUUACUGUCUCCACGAACUGGCCGUAAACAAAAACGUUCAAAAGCGUCUGCGGGACGAAAUCGAGGGAGCUAAAGCUUCGGCGAAUGGGGAAGAAAUUUCUUGGGACGCCCUGAAGAACAUGACCUACCUGGACAUGGUGGUUCAAGAGACACUUCGGAAAUAUCCCCCGUUCCCGAUUCUCGUCCGUGUGUCCGAGAAGCCUUACGAAAUUCCCAGAACGGACAUCGUGUUGCCAUCGGGAACCCACGCGAUCGUUCCGAUUUACGGGAUUCAUAACGAUCCGGAUUAUUUUCCCGAACCGGAGAAGUUCAUUCCGGAAAGGUUUACCGAGGAAGCGAAAAGUCAACGGCAGGCUUUCACUUAUCUCCCGUUCGGGGGUGGACCCCGACUGUGCAUAGCCCAGCGAUUGGCGGAGCAGAUGGUGAAACUGGCGAUCUUCAAGAGCAUUGAAAAUUUCGAAUUCUCCCUCCGCGACGAGUCGCAGGCUCGCGUAAAGAUCGACCCCAGAGCCUUGAGAUUUCUCGAGCCCGAGAACGGGGUUCGGUUACGAGUGACGAGGAUCUCGUAGAUACGAGGAGAUCGCCAACGAUCCCCGGUGCAGUGCCACCGACAAGGACCCGAAUUUCGCGUCAAUGUUUCAAGGACUGCCGAAAAAAAAAAAGAAAAAAAAAAAAAAAACAUUGAUCGACCGAAGAACGAAUAAAAUUUCAACGAUAUACACCCGACUCUCGCGUGCCUCGAACGACGACAGAAAAGAGUUAUUCAUUGUAACCGCGAACAAAAGCGAGCUCGAUAAAAUAGCGCCGAAAAAGUAUAUAUCGCGUCGAUGAGCGUGAUAUCAUUAACUCGAUACGCGUUGCAUUCCAACAAUGAAUUUCGCCUCUUCAUGCAGUCGUCGUCGCGAUAAAAAACCACAUCCGAUUCGAUCCGCCCGGCCACGAACACUAGUUCGGAAAGUCGGGUGGCGUACGCGUAUGUAUAUUUCUGUGUUAUUCAUCUAUUUCGUUACUUCGUUUUUUCUCUAUUUGGCUCGUUAGGUACUGUACUUUUUUACAACACCAACUUUUGUUUCAUUUUAUCGUCGAGAAGAACCUGAGCGUGUGAUAAUAAUAAUAAAAGAAAAAAAAAAAAGAAAAG